AUGGCACUGUCCAACGAGUCGGAAUCUGUUCUUCGCGUCUAUGGGAUAUCUGGUGAAAUUGUGGCGAGCCUCGAUGCAGAAGAGCGAGCCGCCAUGUCGACAGAGUUUGGAAAUUCAGUGGGUGCCUUGAAAGAGCUGCUGCAGCUUCGUCUCGGGACACCUCGCUUCCGCAUCCGGCUGCUCUGCAGGGGCUGCCUGUUGGAAAAUGACGAGUCUAUCUUUGCCUGGGACUUUCCGAACGACGUGCAA